ACCUGCCUCCUCCUCUCGCCGCGGCCCCUAUCGUCGGUAUCCCUGGUGGACCGCGUCACCGUCCGCAGCAGCUGCCAACAUGAACUUCAGAAUUCGUGCUGCACAGCGAGAGGACUGCAGAGACAUUUCCAGAAUGAUCAUGGAGUUGGCUGUAUUUGAAAAAAUGGCUGAGCAGGCGACGCUGUCUCACGAGGACUUGGAGCGUGAUGGCUUCUGUACAAAUCCCCUCUUUGAAUGCCUUGUAGCAGAAGUCCCAGAAGAAGAUGACCCUAAAGUGGGAUACAAACUUGUUGGGUAUGCCCUUUACUUCUACACCUACAGUACGUGGAAAGGGCGGUGUGUGUAUGUGGAGGACCUGUACGUGAUGCCAGAGUUCCGAGGAAAAGGAAUUGGAAAGGGUUUAAUCAGCAAAGUUGCACAGGUGGGGAAAGAGAGACUGUGUGCGAGGCUUCAGUUGUCUGUGUUGGACUGGAACACUUCCUCUCUGAACUUCUAUGUCGCCAAAGGGGCUCAGGACCUGACCGCCGCUGAAGGGUGGCACUUCCUGCGUUUUGACGGAGGGGCCCUGGACAAGUUGGCAAAUGAAGCCCCUAAAGAUUAGACAGUUGCCUGCCAAUUAUUUUUGCUUAUUAUGGUCUUAUAGGUGUUGUAUGUGUGUUAUCUACUGUAUAUACAGAAAUAUUUUAAAAUGAAAUGGCAACGCCAAACCAAGCGUCAUUACAAAAUAAUUAGGUUGGUGAUGGUAUUAUUAGGUACAAAUGAAAACAAAGUCAAAGAAAGGCUCUUUUUUAAAGUAACUUGACUUUAGCCACUUGUGGGCUGCAUGUUUUUUUCGUAAACUUGCAAUAUUGCAUAUAUGUGCAGCAAGCUUGCGUGGUUCAUUGGCAUAAAGCACUAAUAAUCUGAUUUCUAAUAUCUUUCUUGUGCCUGAAUAUGACCAGUUUGCUGGACAGGUGCGGGUAGGGUAGACGGUGCUACCAGCAAAACUAGGUGAAUUCAAUUUAUUGUCUUAGUCUACUUAAAUGCCUUCUGAAUCCCAAAAAUACUAAAGGAACAAGAAUAAAACUAACAGAGUCAAAAUACUGUGCGUUUUCACUGUUCAAUCUCUGUGCACUUGGC